AUGGAGCUGGUGAGCGGGCAGGACCCCUGCCUCCGCGAGGUCGUGCGGUUCGCGGUGUUCUGCAGAGCCCUGGCGCUGCUGCUGCAGGCUCUGUUUAACCUCCUGAUCCCAGAUCAUGCCGCGGACGCCUUCUCUCCCCCUCGCCUGUCGGAGCCCAGCCCGUGGGACCUGCUCUUGGAGCAGCUUCUGGGAGGUCUCUCGCGCUGGGACGCCGAGCAUUUCCUCUUCAUCGCCGAGCACGGUUACCUGUACGAGCACAACUGCGCCUUCUUCCCGCUGUACCCCCUGAGCGUGUGGGCCGUGGCCGAGGGUGCUCUCUGGCCCUUGCGGUGGCCGCUGCGUUUGCGGAGCCGCCUCCUGCUGUCGGCCGUGCUGCUCAAUUCUCUCUUUUCCGUCCUGGCAGCCGCCGCUUUGUAUGAGCUGGGCCGGGCCGUGCUGCGAUGUCGCAGGGUGGCUUUCCUUGCCGCCGUUCUCUUCUCCGUCAGCCCUGCCAACGUCUUUCUGGCAGCUGCUUACUCGGAGAGCAUGUUUGCCUGCCUGGCCUUCAGUGCCCUGUGGCAGCUGGAGAAGGGGCAGAGCUGGCUCAGCGGACUGCUCUUCUCCCUCGCUUCUGGGGUGCGUGCCAACGGGCUUCUUAACGCCGGCUUCUUUCUCUACUCCCGCGGUAAACGCUUUGCCCUCCAGCUCCAGGUGGGUCCAGGAUCAGUAAGGGAGCUGCCUCCGUUGUGGAAACGACUCCUCAGCCUGGCAUCUUCAGCGGUUCUGAUGGGCGCUGGGAUAUUUCUACCUUUUGCUUUAUUUCAGUAUUAUUCCUACGUGAGGUUCUGUGCUCCCAGCACCAGCCUGGAGCAGACUGUUCCCAAGCCGCUGCGGCAGCUGGCUCUGGACAAGGGCUAUCGUCUGGUGGCCGCGGACAGGGUUAAACCCCCUUGGUGCUCCCAGCCUUUCCCGCUGGUGUAUUCCUAUAUCCAAGACACUUACUGGAAUGUGGGCUUUCUAAGGUAUUUUGAGCUCAGACAGACACCAAAUUUCUUGCUCGCUUUGCCUGUCGCACUGCUGGGCUCGUGGGCUGCCUGGACGUACAUCAGUGCAAACCCCCGGCAGUGCCUAACUCUUGGUCUAGAGAGAAGAAAGAGUGAAGAAGAGGGUAAGCCAAGAGCUGGAUUUUGCAGCCCCAGUGUCUUCGUGUAUAUGGUCCAUGCCACAGUCCUGCUGGCGUUUGGAUUCUUCUGCAUACACGUGCAGGUGCUGACCAGGUUCCUUGGCUCCUCCUCUCCCAUCCUGUACUGGUUCUCUGCUCACCUGCUUCAGGAAUACGAACCUUUGCUCUGGAGCGAAGGGGCUGAUCGUCAGAUGGCGGCACCUCGCUCUGAGGAGUCUCUUCUAGGUGAAUCCCCUGGUUCCUGUGGGAACGAGACUUGUGAAAACCCCGUCGUAAGGCUGCUGCUGAACUGGAGAUUAAUCACCCCCCUCAGCAAAUGCAUCCUCGGAUUCUUCUUGUCCUACUGGCUGCUGGGGCUGAUGCUGCACUGCAACUUCUUGCCGUGGACUUAG